AGAAGAACGAACCGAUGAAAAAAUAGUAGUGGCCAGUGGGGGGGCGGGGCUAUAUUAAUGCGGAGACAGGGAGGACAGACGCGAGUGCGUAGUUGUGCAGCUGUCAUGAGACAUCCAAACGACCCCCUCUCAGAGACAGCAAAUAAGCGUUUGCAGUUGUCGGACCUCCUUUUCCUUCAACUCAAUUUCCAUCACCCCUUUUCCUUUCUUUCCUUUCUCUUUCUCUCCAUUUAAUUAAACUUGAAAGUUCAAACCUCUGCUCUUCUGUUAGGAUCGAGAUCGAACUUCAAGCAUCAACAACUCAAACAUCCUUAUCAGUACGCCACAACCAACACCAUCAGUAACAACAAUUCUGUUUCGUUUGGGUGUCUCAAUGUUGGCUUCUUUGUCAAAGAGGUGAAAUGGAGAGAGAGACAACCAAAGAAGAAAAAGAGGUGGAAGAGAAGAAGCGACUCAAUCUCUGUGAACUACUCCACAAGGAAUAUAUCGAGAAGAGAGGGAGAGAAAGCGAGGAAGAAGAAGAGAAGAAUUCAUGCAUGAAGGGAAAGGCCCAAUUUUUGUUGUUUUAAUGUUUUAGAGAUCAUGGCUUACCAGCACUAUCGAUCCCAAUUCGGAGAUACCACAUUUAGGAAGGUGUUUGUAGGUGGGUUAGCCUGGGAGACGCAAACAGAAGAGAUGAGAAGUUACUUCCAACAAUUUGGAGAGAUUCUUGAAGCAGUUAUCAUCACCGACAAGAGCACCGGCAGGUCCAAAGGAUACGGCUUUGUGACAUUUCGUGAUCCGGAGUCGGCGAGGAGGGCUUGUAUUGAUCCUAACCCUGUGAUCGAUGGGAGAAGGACCAAUUGCAACAUUGCUUCUUUUCGUCGCCCUCGAAUCUCCCCACCCAGAGUUUAUACAGCGAGAAAUCAAGGAGGAAGUCCCUACCAUGGAGGCAGACCUUUGGGUGAAUCGUCCUACAACAGAGCUGCAGCAGCGCUACUGUCUCCUCUCCCACCGCCACCACCACCACUGCCGCCUCCGCCUCCACCGCCCCUACCCCCUCCCCCUCCGGUUAUAUAUCCUUCGUACGGGUACUCUACCUACACAGCGGAUUACGGAUACCAUCAAAGCAUGUACCACCCACAGUACUACCAUCAAAUGUACGGGACGUCGCCGUCGACCAUCGGUCCAUCGUACUACUACGGGUAUGCUGUGCAGGCCAGCAGGGAAACUCCUUUUUCAGGACCCCAGGGACCCUCCUAUCUCCACUACCCUGCACAGGGACAGGGGGACGGAUCCUUCGCCACCACCCCCACCAUUUUUCCACCGCCGCCACCACCACCACCACAGUUACUGCGGAGGCCAACCCAACCCACUUCAACGGCCGAAUCGCAGAAUACCCAACAGGCCGCACAAGCUUCAUCGGCGACAGAAGUUAGGGGUCCCUAGCUCGGUGAGUCGGCAAACCCAAGGGAAUAACUCAUGAAGAUGUAUACAUAUGGGUUGGUAUAGGUGUUCAAAUUGUAUAACCUUGACAAAGCUUCCGUUUCUUAUUUCUUAUCUCACCACAUAUUCAUUUUUUCCCUUCUGUCCAAUGUGGAAUUGAACAAAGCUGCAUCAGUGCCCCAAGCCCGAGUUGUGUCUCGAUUUUUUCCCCACAUUUGGGUUCUAUUUAUUUUUCAAUUUUCGCCCAAGCCAUCUUUCACAUAUGUACGCAGGGGAGAAGGAAAGGUAGAAUCCUCAAUAAGGAGAAUUUCGUACUGCUAAUAUUUCAAAACUAUGUCUCAUUCUUCCUUCUGUGUU